AUGAGUCUGUCGGCAACUAACAAGUAUCUGGCAUUCCUUCUCUCAUUUGAAUUGGUCAUCUCGCCGAAUCUCAGGUGUUCGGUAAAACGAUGUCGUCUGCAUCUUUGCUUAUUAGUUCUUUUGCGACUGAACAUUUCUUUCCUUUCUUUUUACACCUUGUCUGGCUCUCGUCUGCAUUUGCCUUUCUUCCACCAUAUCGCCGUCUUUCGAUUCAAAUUCAUUCAAUUCAAUCUAUAUUUUCUUUUGCUACUCCUUUCUGUCUCUUUUUACUUUUUUCUUUCUUCCUUUUUCCAUUGUUUUCGGAGAUUUUAUUUUUGUUUGUUCGUUUCUUUCUUUCUUUCUUUCUUUUUUCUUUCUUUCUUUCUUUCUUUCUUUCUUUCUUUCUUAGCUCUUUGUUUAUUAGGUUCUUUCUUUCUUUUUUCUUUUUUCUUUCUUUCUUUCUUAGCUUCUUUAUUAGGUUCUUUCUUUCUUUCUUUCUUAGCUUCUUUCUUUCUUAGCUUCUCUUCUUUAUUAGCCUCUUUCUUUCUUAGCUUCUUUCUUUCUUUCUUUCUUUCUUUCUUAGCUUCUUUCUUUCUUAGCUUCUUUAUUGGGUUCUUUCUUUCUUUCUUUCUUUCUUUUUUAGCUUCUUUCUUUCUUUCUUUCUUUCUUUCUUUCUUUCUUUCUUAG